CCAACACAAGUGUGUCCAGUCUUUCCUCGUAGCUUCAGUUUCUGCUCUGUAGAAACCAGCCAUUUAUCAUCAAUCAUGGCCGCCGGAGUACAAAUUUAACUCCCGUGUUUCCUCCCUGUCGUCUGGAGGGGAGGAUUUUUGUUUGAGGAAACAAAAUAUUAGUCCCACACUGAUUUGGAUUUCCUCUUGGAAUUACAAUACAUCUCACAAGGGAAAUACCAUUCAUGUCAAUACUCCAAAAUGCAGCCGCCGCCGAGGAAGGUCAAAGUGACACAGGAGCUAAAAAACACACACACGGAGCAGAUGACAAGACUGCACUUUAAACACCAGACCGAAUGUGACCUGCUGGAAGACAUGAGGAGCUACAGUCUAAAGAAGGGACAGCUGGAGAGGGACUAUGCACAGGCUCUGCAGAAGCUAGCAAGCCAGUACCUAAAGAGAGACUGGCCUGGAAUCAACCCUGAUGACCAGAGAACAGACUACAGGAAUGUGUAUGCAGUGUGGAGGUCCUACUUAGAAGGUACAGUGCAGGUGAGCCAGUCCAGGCUCAACGUGUGUGACAACUACAAAAGCCAAGUAUCAGAGCCCGCCAAGACUGUUAGACUCUACAAGGAGCAGCAACUCAAAAAGACCAUAGAUCAGUUGAGCGGCAUUCAAGCAGAGCUGCAGGAGUCAGUGAAAGAGUUGGCCAAAGCCAAGAAAAAAUACUACGACUGUGAGCAGGUUGCCCACGCUGUACGAGAGAAGGCUGACAUAGAGGCCAAGUCUAAACUGGGUCUUUUUCAGUCAAGAAUUAGUUUACAGAAAGCAAGUGUAAAGUUGAAAGCUAAGAGGAGUGACUGCAACUCCAAGGCGACACAGGCCAGGAAUGAUUACUUGUUAACGCUAGCUGCUGCCAACGCUCACCAUGACCGGUACUACCAUACAGAUCUACUGCACUGCAUACAGGCCUUGGAUGGCAGGAUAUAUGAGCACGUGAAAGACUACCUGGUAGCGCUGUGUCGCACUGAGCUAGAGGCCUCCCAAGCCACACACAACACCUUCCAGUUCCUGUUGGACAAAUCCACCAGGAUAAUACAAGAGUUCAACCAGCAGUUGUUCAUGCAGGAGAACCCAGUGUUUCACAAAGCACACGACUUCCAGUUCCAGCCCAGCGAAUGUGACACGAGUCGUCAGCUGGAGUCGGAGACGGGGACGACGGAGGAGCACAGUCUGAACAAGGAGGCCAGGAAAUGGGCAACCAGAGUGGCCAGAGAACACAAGAACAUCAUACAUUACAAGAGAUGUCUGGAGGAGUGUGAGAGCCAUGGUUUGCCCCCCACGGAGCAAGGCAGACUAGACCUAGAGAUCAAGAUAGAAGACACCAAAGAAAACAUGCGCAAAGCUGAGACAAUAAAGUUAAAAGCUGAGGCACGGUUGGACCUUCUGCGGCAAGUGGGGGUUGCCGUGGAUACCUGGCUAAAGAGCGCCAUGAACCAGGUGAUGGAGGAGCUGGAGAAUGAACGUUGGGCGAGCUACACUUCCCACGAUCCCUCACUGUCGGGCACAGUGGACUUGGAGCGCGAGGAGGGAGAAGAGUGUGAAGAGAAUAUGGAGGUUUUUGACGACAGCAGCUCCAGUCCUUCAGGAACCCUCCGAAACUACCCGCUAACCUGCAAAGUCCUGUACUCGUACAAGGCCUCUCAGCCAGAUGAGUUAACUAUUGAUGAACAGGAGAUGUUGGAGGUCAUUGAGGAUGGAGACAUGGAGGACUGGGUCAAGGCUCGCAAUAAGACAGGCCAAGUGGGCUACGUCCCAGAGAAAUACCUGCAGUUCCCGACCUCCAACAGUCUGCUGAGCAUGCUCCAGUCUCUGGCUACACUCGAUGCUCGAUCACACACCUCGUCCAAUUCCACCGAGCCAGAGCUGCACUCCAACUGCAUCAACGGAGACACAAACAUGAUGUAUGUCCGCGCACUUUAUGAUUACGAGGGCCAGGCGGACGAGGAACUCUCCUUUUCCGAGGGAGCGGUGAUACGCCUGUUGAGCCGCGACACUCAGACCGACGACGGCUUCUGGGAGGGGGAGCUUAACGGACGGGUGGGGGUCUUCCCUUCCGUGCUGGUGGAAGAUUUCACUGAGAAUGGGGAGACCAGUGGAGGAGGGCUGGCUGACAUACAGAUCUCUCCGUCUCUGAAGUUGCCGUCGUCUCUGCCACCUCUUCCGCUGUAUGACCAACCUCCCAUCAGCCCUUUCACCAGCCCAGAGACCUCCACCCCGCCUCCUCUCCCACGCUCACCCUCCACUGCACUCAAUGGGGAGCACAAGCCUCCGCCGCCUGCCUCCUCUCACAAGGGACCGCUGUCCACCCACAAUCAAAGCUCUGGAAGGAGUCCAGUGUCUCCAGGAUUUCCUCAGCCACUGAGAUUCACCCCUGAAGGAGGCCCAGGCAAACUACGACCUGUGCGAGCUGCUCCUCCUCCCCCCAAACAGCACUCCCGCCGUCAGCAGGAAAAGAGCGACAAGACAGAGGAGGUGGAGAUCACACUGGUGUGACAGACAGACAAGCUGGCAGGCAGUUAUAGAGACACAAAAAAUAAAAACAGAUGACAGACAUGCGUAUCCUACAGGCUGGGGAACUGAACUGCUCUGAACUGAAGUCAGCGAAAGUGAUGUGAAGUAAACCGAACUGAACCACGUGCAACACCCCCGGCCUCCCCGCAUCUUCUCUCAUCCUCAAGUUGAGGAAGGGAGCAGAGAGAGGGGAUAAAGGCAGAGUAUCCAAUUAAAUAAUCUCCGUAUUAGCUUCCUAAUGAAGUGCAGCAGUAGGCGCCCCCACAUCCCCCCUCUGCCCUCCCCCGUCCUUCCAUUCUUGCCUUAAAACUUCACCUCAACGGGGGAGCAAACCCGAGCACGAAGAGAGGAAGAAGAAGAGGAGGAAGAAUGUUUAGAGAGGGGGGAGUGUGAGGGAAAGUUAACGAUGGGCUUGGCAAGUUUUCUUUUACCUUCUUAAGCUUACUUGUAGAUAUUGUGAGGUUUAUCUCUCUGCACAGAUCAUUCUGCUAUGUUUGAGAAAUGUCACUUUUUCUACUCACUUGCUAACAAAUAAUAUUGAAACAUUAGAAAACUUUUUGAGCCCUGAAACUGAGAAAAUUUUGUUAAGGGUUAUAAGACAAGUCAAAAAUAUGACUGAAUACAACAUACAAUAUUUCCUUUUCCACGCCACAUUACCAAUUUUCCUUGUGUAUGUAACACAGUGGAAUGGGGAAAAUUGCUAAUAUUUGAAGCAAUGGAGAGGGCUGUGUGGCUAGCUAGCUUAGCUGAAAACACUGGUAGCUAAACACACUGACCUUUUCAGCUUGCUAGCUAGCAGAACUGUCCUCAUAAAACUACACCAGCUACAUUAAUCACCCAUAUACUGUACUGCAUACUGCUGUAGCAUUACUGUAUAAACUCUGCUAACAGUAGCUAAAGCGUUUUAGUCUCCAAACUAAUUGUAACAAAGCUCGCUAGCUACAACUUGGAACUUUUGUAUUUACUUUAGUUGACAUUUUGAGAAAAGACACAUCUACAAACUGUUAAAGACAAUAAAGUCCGAGACAUAUUUCCUUUAUGGUCCUCGAUAAAGAAAAUAAUGUUGUGAAGAAAGCAGCGUGUAUCUGAAGUGAACUUCUAAGUUGGGUAUUAGCAUAGCAAGUAGUUUGUUGGCUACAAUGCUCAUGCUACUGUUACAGGACUGAAUAGACUAAUGCUACAGUAUAGUAUAUUGCUGAUUAGCACUGGGUACAGUAUCUGGUGUAGUUUUAUGCCCAAAAGCUAGCUGCUAGCAAAAGGCUUGCGCUCAGUGUGUUUAGCCACCAGUUUUAAGGUAAGCUAGCUAGCCACACAGUCCUAAACAACUAAAUGUGUGCCAGAAUAAAUUAUCUGAAGAAUAAAAUUAGCUAGCAAAAGAUUUUAGUUUAGCUUUAUUUUCCAAGUUAUAUUUUUGACUUAUCUGUUAUAACUUUCACAAACAUUUUGAGUGUCGGGGCUCUGUGAAAAGUAAGCUUGAUGAGAGUGGAUAAGUAUAAAACUUGCCAAACGUGUCAUGAUUUGGAUUGCAGUUGGGGUUUAAGUAAAUGGACAGAGAAACUGGGUGGUGUGUGGACACAGUGUCCCCCCUCGCCAGCCCUUCCCUCGCCAUAUAUAGUCCUUAUCAUCAUACGUAUUCAAUGUGUAUUAGUACAGUACAUUACUGUUGUCAUAGGAAUGUUAUGCACAGCGUUUUCAUAUAGACUAACUCAGCUGAAUGGAGUACCAUGUCUGAUAUGUAGUGGAAGUUUUAUUCUCAUCUUAUACUGAAAGGGCAUUGUAAAUACAGUAUGAAGGAGAGAUGAAAGAGGAGAGGGAAGGAGAGGAUGAAAGAGAGAAAAAGGAGGCUGGAUCCUCCCUUCUGUUCAUUUCUCCACCUCUCUUCCCAUCCUUCCUUUCUUUCUCUCCCUCUUUUCUCUAAUGUCUGUUCUGUCCAUUGGCAGUAAGUGUGACUCGUUGGCUAUCAUAUACACACAUACAGUUACAUUAUAUUACACACACGUUGCUAUAUCUUCUCUCAUUCUGUGACCCUCUGUGUGCUUGUGUCACUGAUUGGUUCAGAAGGCCAGUGCUGCUUUCAAAGGCACUGAAAUUGUUGGUAUUCACUAUGUGGUGACAAAGAAAAGUUUUAUUGGAGAUGAUAUAGACACUGACCGUAUUUGGGGUCAGGAGUUUUUAUUAAUCACAGAAUGAACUGUAAAGCUUUUAUCCCUAGAGAUCUCAUUUCCUCUCACAUUGAUUUUGUUCAGCUAUAACAUGUAUCCUCAUUUAGUUGACAUGCAUCGCAUUUGCAGGAAUAUUUCUCUGUUGUCUUGCCAAGCAACUCCAUCACAUCACUAUGUGAGUCUCUUUUCUAUUUUAAUACGGCAGAGAAAAGAUCCAUAAAAACAAAUUAACCUUUAACAUUUUCAAUUCAAUGUCAUCGUUCUGCUUUCCUUGUGUCCUACAUUUCAGCUAUGAUUAAUGGUGGCAGAAACAGAAAACAAGAGAAAUACAUUGUGCUAAAUGGACAGAACUAGCAAACGACAUUCAAAUGGAGCUAAGUACAAUUCUUUUGUGUUUUUUACUCAAAGUAAAUAAAUCCUCCCUCUUAAAUACCCCUCAAGCCUUUAAAAAUCAUUGCCUAAAGGGCAGUGUAGCACUUUUAUUUAUUUGUACCUUCCCUGGAAAGUAGCAGUACCUUAAAACAGCAUCAGAAUGGCUGGAAAAGAGUCAUUCUUUUCAUUCUGAUUCUGUAGUGGAUCCUCUUUAUUUCAGUGUGACUGAUGUUUUUUUAUUCUUAAUCUCCGCUCUUCCAAAGAGAUUGAGAGCUAAUUGUGGACAAUGUAAUUUGGUGUUUUCCUUAACUUAUAAAAACAAAAACAAAAAAACAUGAUGAUAGAGAGGGAUGUUUUGAAUGAAGACUUGAAGAGAACGUGUUUUGGUUUUUUUUUGGUCAUGUGAUAGGCCUGGCUGUUUGUGUGGCUGACUGUUGAAAGGAGAGAGGAGGUAUUUGUCUCUGUAGAUCUAAAGAUGUGUCCCACUUCCUUCCUGCAUAUUUACUUCAACCAGGGUUUGCUUGCGUAGAGCGUUCGCACUGAAUACAUUCCAAAACAACGCUCAAACCUGUCAGUACGAAUACUGAAUUUGCUUGAUUUUGUGUUGAUGGACAAUAUUGUCCCAAGAUGCAACACAUAUGUGGGAGCUCCAAACAGCUUGAAGCAAUUCAAACUAAUCAUGCCCCAGAAAACAAAAAAUAAAGCUUUCAAUCUGUGUUUCUUUUUAUCAGUCAUGCUCCAAAAUUGCAGUAUUGUAGCACAUUUGCUGUUAGUACACAACUGUGAAGUAUGUGAAUUUCUUGUAUACUAACUGCAAAAACAGCACGAAAUAUGAAGAUUAGUAUGAAGUCCAUACUGUGUAGUAUUAUUAUGUGUAUGGAGUUGGGGCACAGCUUUAGGCUUUGUGUAAGAAGAGAAAGAAAAUCCUGAUGUGCGCUUACAAAUUGCUCAGUUUCCUCUUUGCAAGGUGACGUUGAAUUACGUUGGAGGAAGGUGAUGCAAACACAUCUUUCUGUAUUUUGCAUCAGCUUUAAGAAACAACAUUUUUUGUAGCACCAACACCGAACAAAGAUGGACACACUGGAAUUGGUUACAGUUUCAGAUCCAAACCUCUGCUCCAACAGCAGCCUCUCCUUGGGCUCGCUCAGAUCUUAGUUAUUAUGCUUUUCAAACUUGUUUUGAAGUCCCACAGAGCCUCCCGCCAUAAAUGCCCAAUCAGUCUGUCAAAUACUAGAUUUAUGGCUUUUGUUUCCAGUUGCCACUUUGGACAUGAUUAUUUUCCCUUUUUAGCAGUCUCUCUGGUCCACUACAAUGGGCCUGUUUUUUUGUUUUGUUUUGUUUUUAUGUAUUGUAAAAUUAUUUUAUUUUUCAUCCUUGGAUUUGGAGCAGCCGCACAGCUGCUGCUGUUAAAGUGGUGGAACAACAAGCCUUCUCUCUCCUCACAGACUCUUGCCAUGGUGACAAUAAUAAGAACAGGUGCAAAAGUCUUUCUGCAUAUUAUUAUUGGCUGUACAAAAAAACAAAAACAAAAUAAAGUUUGUAUUUAUUGUGUACAAAUGUUAAUUAAUAAAAAAAUAUUGAAAAGUU